AUGCGUGGAUACGGCUUGAUUUCCUUGUUGCCCGUGGCUGCGGCCAUUUGGGUACCAGCAACACCCCAGCCGGCGACUGUUGAUAGACGACAGUUACCCCAAAACCCUACUGGAGUGAAGACUAUCCACACUGCCAACAAUGUCACCAUUCGCUAUAAGGAACCUGGAAAGCAGGGCAUUUGCGAGACCACACCUGGAGUCAAGUCAUAUUCUGGCUACGUUGACCUCUCGCCAGAUUCUCACACUUUCUUCUGGUUCUUCGAAGCACGCCACGACCCCAAAAAUGCCCCCAUUACUCUCUGGCUGAACGGUGGUCCUGGAAGUGAUUCUUUGAUAGGCCUGUUCGAAGAAUUGGGUCCUUGCAAGAUCAAUUCCACAAUCGACUCCAUUAUCAAUCCUUACUCGUGGAAUGAAGUCUCGAAUAUGCUGUUCCUGUCUCAGCCUCUGGGCGUCGGAUUUUCCUACAGCGAGGCAGAAGCCGGCUCGCUGAAUCCCGUCACUGGUGUUUUUGAGAAUGCAUCUGUCGCCGGCAUCCAGGGCCGAUACCCAGUCAUUAACGCUACCCUAAUUGACACUACUGAGCUUGCCGCUCACGCCGCUUGGGAAAUUCUUCAAGGCUUCAUGGGUGGUCUACCGCAGUUGGACCACAAGAUCAAGUCUAAGGAUUUCAGUCUGUGGACUGAAAGUUACGGAGGACACUAUGGCCCAGCUUUCUUCAAUCACUUCCAUGAGCAAAAUGAGAAAAUCGCGAAUGGUACAGUGGAAGGAAUUCACCUCAACUUCAACUCCCUCGGCAUCAUUAAUGGUAUCAUCGACGAAGCCAUUCAGGCAAGCUACUACCCGGAGUUUGCAGUGAACAAUACCUACGGUAUCAAGGCCGUCAAUGAUACCGUGUACAGCUACAUGAAAUUCGCAAAUGAGAUGCCAAAUGGCUGUCAGGACCAAGUCGCAUUAUGCAAGGAGACAAACCGUACUUCUUUGGCGGAUUAUGCGCUCUGCACAGAGGCCACAAACAUGUGCAGAGACAAUGUCGAGGGACCAUACUAUGUAUUUGGUGGCCGCGGCGUAUAUGACAUCCGACACCCGUACAACGAUCCUACACCGGAAGGGUACUAUGUCGACUACCUCAAGAAAGACUCGGUGAUGAACGCCAUUGGAGUGAACAUCAAUUACACUCAGUCGAACAACGAUGUAUACUUCGCCUUCCAGCAGACCGGCGACUUCGUCUGGCCCAAUUUCAUCGAAGACCUGGAGGAAAUUCUCAAGCUGCCCGUCCGCGUGUCGCUCAUCUACGGUGACGCCGACUACAUCUGCAACUGGUUCGGUGGCGAGGCCGUUUCCCUCGCGGUGAACUACACCCAUACUCGGCAGUUCCGGGCCUCCGGUUACACCCCAAUGGUGGUCGAUGGCGUCGAGUACGGUGAGACCCGCGAGUAUGGCAACUUUUCGUUCACUCGCGUGUACCAAGCCGGCCACGAGGUUCCUUACUACCAGCCUGUCGCGUCGCUGCAGCUCUUCAACCGCACUCUCUUCGGCUGGGACAUUGCCCAGGGCACUACCCAGAUUUGGCCCGAAUACAGCACCAACGGAACGGCCAAGGCGACCCACACUGAGUCUUUCGUGCCCUUGCCUACCGCGUCACCUAGCACCAGUGUCUACUGA